CUACGUUUAUCUUGCAUUUGAUAGCACAUACAGUUUGUUAAAUGAGCAUUUUUCUUCAGUUUUCGUCUUUGUAUAAUUUAAAACUAAUACAUAAUUUUCGACUUUUAUUUAGAAAAAAACACCGAAUGGCGGCCAUAUUUAAAUUUACGUCAUUGUCGCUGGCUACACGCCGCUGUGGGUAGUAACGUGACUCUCCUAAACUUAGCAAUGUUUUGGGAUGCUGACCGCAAGCACUUUUGAGGAGACAAACCAAGAAGGAUGGCUGUAGACCAACUGAGUGACAUUGUUCAAAGAUGUCAAACAAUCCAAGACGAUUUGUACACCCCAGAAGAUUAUGAUCUUUUCCAGUGUGCUGCACGGAAGUGCAUAGAAGAAGGGGAUAGCGUGCACGUUCUAAGCAUUAUAGUAGACGAGAAAAACAAGCACAUAGUAAGAUGCAUGGGCUGGAAUCUCGUGGGCCCGCUUGUGCUGGUUUUGCUGAAGAAUGAAGAAAAUAGUGUAUCUCCCAGUCGUGCUAUCUUCAGUCAUCUGCUGGAGAUUUGCAGUCCCAAAGAGCUUCUGGUUAGUUUGCUGGAGCAGGUGGAGGCCGCUGAGCCAGAUGUCAUCAGAGACACUGUGAUGUUUUUGCUACAGCCCUUACAGAAAGUGCUGUUGAAUUUUGGCAGGAAGAAGGCCACCUUCCUAGGCAUGACACUUUCCACAUUGUUGAAUCAGAUAGCUCGGCUCCCGCAGGAGGACACGGCGGGCCUGGGCCAAUGCUGCUCUGGGCUCCUGUGCUUUGUUAAACCCUUUGUAGAGGAAGCCAAAGACACACGCAACAGUGGAGUGGCCCAUGAUGAGGAGCUUAGAACAGAAAUGCUGAAGUUCUGCAUGAUGAGUUUGAGAGACCCUCUUCUGGGGCUGCAGUUCACUGAUCCUGACCAACAGGACAAAUCUUUCCUGUGUGAGUUUGCUACAGAGAUCUUGGCCAUUCUUUCUGGGAUUGGGGAAUCUCUUCCAGAACUGUUGUGCCAUGAACUGCUUAAGAAGCACGAGGUCCCUGGCUUCCUUGAAGAAGAGGUCAGAUACCCUAAGGAGUCAUUGGCCAACCUUGCAUACCUACUCUUUGUGCACCACAUUGCCAUGGAGACGUUCCCAGUUGUUCUAAGCCCAGUCUUCAUUCUGCAGUGCAACAUGGAACACAUUGAGCUACUGCUUAGUAGAACAGAGGAAUCUCAUCUUCAGAGGGGGCUGGACUUGUAUGAAAAAAGUCUGGUCAGAGUAGAGGACAAUAGUCUGUCAGUGGAGCUCCUGGAAAUAAAAACCUUUAUCAGUGUUCCACAGAAUUUGGUGAAAGUUAUGACUCUGUGUCCUGUCCACCGUUUGAGAAGUAAAGGACUGGCUGUGUUCCAGUUGAGCAUCAACAAGUUUAACACUGAGGGCAAAUACAAGUUCCUAAGGUGCAUGUUGAAGACAAGCCACCACUCCGGAGUAGAGGGUGUAAUCAUCAAGAACAUAAAGAAUCAGGUGGACCUUUCCUUGAGGCCAGGAAACAAGAAUGUCUGGUUCCAAGGAAUCCAUUUUCUGCCUUUACUGCGUCUGGUUCUGAGCCUUCCACAGGGUCCUGAAACCGAUCUAUUGCAAAACCUGGAUAGGAUCAUGGAAUCCCUUAACCUUCUGCGAUAUCUGCUAAUAAGAGAUAAAGAGAGUGACAAUGAGACAGGGGUGUGGUUAGAACUGCAAGCCUUCAAUGACAGCUUCAUGACGCCAUUACGCCUGGAUCUGAAUAUGUCUAAGGCUCAUUAUCAGGCAGAGCUCAGCAAUGCUGGCGUGAAGAAGAAGAACGCAAACAGAGGAUGUGACUCAGAAUCUGUCUGCACAGUAAGUGUGGGGAAUGAGAAUCUACCAAACCUUACACCAGAAGUACAGAUUCAGGCUCUCCACUCUGCCUUGUUCACAUUUGAGUUGAUCGAGAGUGUCCUGGUGAGGAUUGAGGAGAUUAUAGAGGCCAAACCUUAAACUGUGGAAACAUUCCACUGAAGCUCAAGAAUGACGUCUGGAAGGGGAUAGCAACAUGGUCAAAAAAUGUUGAAAUUGUUAAAAUGUUUUAUUGUAGACUUUGUACCUGUCAAAGUAUCACUUACAUUUGAAAAGGUUUUCUAUGCAUCUUAUUUCAGUGAAAGUUUAAAUUCCAAAUAUUUACAAAGUUUGCCAUGACAACCUCAUUUUAAGUAAUCAUGUUAAAAUAUGAAUAAAGUACCUGUGGUCAAUUCCUUGUGAAUUCAUGUCAAUAAAUACUACACUGUUACCAAGACCAAAAA